AUGAAUCAUUAUUGUCUUAAAUCAUAUGACAAAGAUGAUGAUGACGAUGAUGAUGAUGAUGAUGCUGAUGCUUCUGAUGAUGAUGAUGCUGAUGAUGAUGCUGAUGCUUCUGAUGAUGAUGAUGCUGAUGAUGAUGAUGAUGCUGAUGAUGAUGCUGCUGAUGAUGAUGAUGUGAAAAUAAUGAGAAAUAGAUGUUUCAUAUGA